GCUCUCUCUCUACUCUGCUGUGCUACCGAGCGCAAUCCUUUGCCAAAGUGCAAACCCAUCGCAACUUCCUAUCCGGACCCCAUCGUCAACUCUACGAAGAAGAACGUCGUCGCCCGUUCUUGCCUUCCUCUAACCCGCCUUCUCCGAAAUAUCACUGACUUUGCCUGGCGCAACGUCGGAACCUCCGCCACAUUCAAGUCUCUGGAAGGAAGCAAUCGCCGCCCUCCAGUGCCUUUUCAACAGUGAAGCGAGCAACCGUCGUCACCACCACCACAACCUAUAUUGUCCAGCCACUUCCGAGCGGAACCCUCCCACUCACCAACUCUUCCAACUCUAUUCGCGACCACCAUCCUAUUCACUUUGGCCGCCCGCAUUCGGUCGAGAUACAUCUCCUCGUCUUUCCCUUCAUAGAGUCUGCUUCCCCCAGCGUCUCUAUCACUUCUACCCCUCAUCGGUCCGAUCUUGAACAACACUGCACCUUCGAUACCACAACAAUCCCGUCACGAUGGCGACCACUGUGCAAACACCCACGAACCCCGACCAGCAGGUCGAUCUCUCCACCAUCCCCAUCUCCCCCGAGGGUGCUGAGAAGAGCGAGACCAAGGAGAACGACGCCGAGAAGCCCGUCACUGUCUUCCACGACAAGGAGAACUUCAACGUCAAGCACCCUUUGCAGAACAAGUGGACUCUGUGGUUCACCAAGCCCCCCAGUGGCAAGGGUGACAACUGGAACGACCUUCUGAAGGAGGUCAUCACCUUCAACUCGGUUGAGGAAUUCUGGGGUGUCUAUAACAACAUCGCUCCCGUCUCCGAGCUGGCCCUCAAGUCCGACUACCACCUCUUCAAGGCCGGCGUCCGUCCCGAAUGGGAGGAUGCUCAGAACAAGCAUGGUGGCAAGUGGUCCUACCAGUUCAAGGAGAAGCGCAGCAUCCCCAUUGAUGACCUCUGGCUCCACGUCAUGUUGGCCGCUAUUGGCGAGACCCUCGAGGGUGAGGACGACGGAGAGGUUAUGGGCGUCGUUGUCAACGUGCGCAAGGCUUUCUUCCGUAUUGGUGUCUGGACUCGUACCAUCGGAAAGAGCAUUCCUGGCCGUGGCGAUGGCGAUGUGGCCGGUGGCAAGGGCCGUUCCCAGGAUAAGGGCCGUGAUAUCCUCUUGAGCAUCGGCAAGCGCUUUAAGGACAUCUUGAACCUCCCGCCCACCGAGGUCGUCGAGUUCUCGGGCCACACCGACAGCGCGCAUAGCGGAAGCAGCCGUGCGAAGGCCAAGCACACCGUCUAAUACAAUCGCCCGCACAUCUGGAAUAACACAAUACAUGACACACCACUGCAUUUUAUCGGACUUGGUUGGCCCCUCAUCCCGUCGAGGAGGUCAACUCGCGUCUGCAUGAUAUCACUCCCCGUCGCAUUUCUCAGCCGACACCGUCCCCAAUCUUUUUUGACCCUAUGCCAGUGGAGGAUGAUAACGGGGCAAUGCUAAUGCAUCGAUGAUCACGCAUCUCUGGGGCGGAAAGGGUUCUCUCAUGAUAGUCUUUGGAGCUCUUGACGAAGGCGUUGCUGUGAAGAGAAAAAAGAGAUCAAUGGGUUUUUUUGGAACUUCUAGACGGCCAUGAUCGACAGUA